UGGCUGCGUGAUCGAGCACACAAUCUGGGUUAUGCUAGAUCACACGGACCAGGAAUAAGUGAUCAAGAAGUCCCACGCUCGCCCGCACAUCUGGCCUCCAUAACACGAGCCACACGUGACCAAUCAGCAGACACUCUGCGAAGUUUUCGCGUCAGCUAAAUACACAAGUCGGUUGUCAGUCAAAGGACCUUCUCUCCAUGGAGGCGGGAUUUUCUCACACUGCUGUCUUUUUAACCGAACCACCGUGAGAACACUUGGAUCAGUUGGCAAACGUUCGAGCACAAGUUGGUCGUGUGUCCACAGCAUAAGGAACUUCCGUUGCACGCGUGUCUGGACGCUAGCGAAACUCUAUCAGAAGUGUGGAGUCGUUUACUUAGAAGUCUGGCUCACGAUGAAAAGGGACUUUAGCGACAUGGAAUCUGAAUGUGACGACGUCUUCGGCGAGGAAGCAAGUAAAGGGACACCUACUCAAAGCAGUGAAAGUUGCCAGAUACUCAACAAGAAGAAAAGACGUGGGGUGAUAGAAAAGAGACGGCGUGACCGAAUUAACAGUUCUUUAUCUGAACUUCGACGUCUCGUUCCUGCAGCGUUUGAAAAACAGGGCUCAGCUAAACUAGAAAAAGCAGAGAUUUUACAAAUGACCGUGGACCACUUGAAAAUGCUCCAUGCCAAAGGUUUCGAUGCAUUUUCUUUUGAUCCACACAAAUAUGCAGCAGACUAUCACAGUCUCGGUUUUAGAGAAUGUGCGACAGAAGUAGCACGAUACCUGGUGGCGAUUGAAGGAAUGGAUCUACAAGAUCCUCUUCGAUUGCGCCUGAUGAGCCAUCUUCAAAGUUACUCGACUCAACGCGAAUUUGUGAUAAAACCGUCUGCACCCCAUAGCCCAUGGAACCCACCUACACCGUUUAGUUCUGUCCCACCUACAACGCCUCAGUACCAUCCGCCUUCUGUUGCGCCACAUAGUACUUCAAGUAUUCCAACAUCAAGCUUAACUACCAUGGAACCUUCAAACGCGUCCUAUACUAACGAAGAUUCACGAUUUAAUCACACAUAUUCGAGUGAUUCAAAUGUUACUUCUUUAGGGCCUCAUUCUGGACCUCAUGUGCCACGUGUGACUCCUACUUAUGGCCCAUCCUCAUCCCUCCCUUCAACUAUGAAUGCAAGCAGUUCUCCUAUGGUACCCACGCUGGGUCAAGUGCCAGUGAACCAGUAUUUAGCAUCAUAUGGAUUGCCAGCGACAAACUACGGACCUUCUGGAGGUUCCCAGUUUGCAUCAGUGAGACCAUACCGACCCUGGGGGUCGGAGUUUGCUUAUUAGGGGGGGAGAUGUAUCCUGUGUUGUAAAAUUUGUAGACUAUAUGUCAUGAAACUCGAGGGAAUGUCGAAAAGAAUUGUUUGUCAGAUGGUGGAUGGACAAUUUAAAUAAGUAUAAAAAAUAUGAUGAUCGAUCCAGUGUAGCUCAUAAUAAUUACAAGUGGUGAUUAGUGAAUUUAUAUAUCCAGAAAAAAAAAACGUUUAUCAAGUAUCAAGA